ACAGGCAGAGAGACAGGCAGAGAGACAGACAGAGAGAGAGAGAGACAGACGGAGAGAGAGAGAGAGAGAGAGAGACAGGCAGAGAGAGAGAGAGAGACACAGGCAGAGAGACAGAUGGAGACAGAGAGAGACACAGACAGAGAGACAGGCAGAGAGAGAGAGAGACAGAGAGAGAGAGACAGGCAGAGAGACAGACAGAGAGAGAGAGAAAUAUCUGACAACAGAGCAUGAUGGACGGAUCCUUCACCCCACACCUUCCACUCCUCAACACACACACACACACACACACACACACACACACCUUUGUAUUUCCGGGUUGUUAAACUCGUGCUGUUUCUGCCUGUCGGUCAUCGCUAAGCAACAGCAGCUGCUAAAUGCAAAACCUUCUUCACCUUCACACACUGGUAUCGGCCCUGACGUCAGACACGCAAGCGGUGUGUGUGUGUGUGAGAGAGAGAGCAUUGUAAUGAUGACUUGAUGUGGGGUCAGUGUAUGUGCGUCACAUUGGAGGGGGGCAGACACUCAUUCUUCUAUCAUGCUCUGUCUGUCUCUCUGUCUGUCUGUCUCUCCGUCUGUCUCUGGUUGUCUCUCUGUCUCUGGGGAAACCCUCUCAGUGUGUUGAACUAUGGUAAGUAGGAAAUAGUUCCUGAGUGUUCCUCGUUUCCAGGGGGAAGGUUUAUGGGGGGCGGAACCUGCAGGAGUCAAAGGUCAUAGUACUACAUUUUUGUUCCUCGCCAUCACAAAGGAGGAAGAGGCCGUAAACACUGAUUAAGUAAUUAAAUUACUUUGACAUAGAACGUCAUCAGUGUGGGUGACUGAGAGACUGAGAGAGAAUACAAAGGGCCUCUACACACACACACACACACACACACACACCUUGGUGAUGCCUGUGGAGAUGCUACAGGCUGUGAUGAAUGAAGAUUUUGUGGGAAAUGAAGAAGAAGAACAAAUAAAAGAGAGAACAACAAAACAAAUAAUUAGACAGUGAACAACUGAAAUCAGGACCGAGUCAGAAGAAAAGAGGUGGAGUGAGGGAUGGGAUGAUAAGAAAGAUAGAUGAAUGAAUAUUGUUGUACUGUUCGUCUGCGUGUCGAUGGUAACAGGUUGGAAUGUGUGACAUCACAGCGCUGGGGUUUAAAAUGGCCACUGCAGUGUCGGCUCUCAGAACGGACGAGUCCUGCACAGGACAGAACACCACACCACCACGACGGUACCACAAGACAACAAACAAACAAACAAACAAACAAACAAAGCCAUAAAGAUACGACGCUGAAUCUCCGGAUAUAAAACGACCAAGCGGUUCUCCGUCUGAGAACUUUUACAAACAUUUAUUUUUUAACUAUUUAUGUUGGACUUUUAUUUUUGCUGAACUUCAUCAUCCAAGAUGGCCUUUCCAUCUUCCCGCCUUUUUGCCCUCUUCCUCUUAAUCGCCAUGGUGACAGAGGUAAUGAGCCGACCACCAUCAAGGAGAACAGAAUCUCAGAUUCUACAGGAUCUGUUUGGAUCAGAGAUCACUUCCCUCUUAUUGUCCCAGCCGGAGGUCACAGAAGCCUCAGCUCAAAGCCCCGCCCCCUCUGAGAGUGAUGGGCGUGGUCUGUCAGGACACUUUGUGAUGGAAGAACCUCUCCGCCUUGUGCCCCGCCCCUUCCUGGACUUCCUGACGAGGCAGAGGAAGUUGCGUGUGCGGAACAGGAAGGGCUCUGCACGCGGCUGCUUCGGGAUUAAAGUGGACCGUAUCGGAGCGCUCAGCGGACUGGGCUGCUGACACUGGGUUUAAAACAGCCAAUCACAAUUCAGCACCUUCCACACCGGCCAAUGAGCUGUCAGAUAUGGAUGGAUAGAUUGGGACACUAUGGACUAGCUGAUGAGGAAGGAGUAGUUAGUGAGAGUGAGUUAGAGUUGUGAUUGGGGACGAAGCCAAACGCUGAUCCUGGAUCAGACAUUUAGUGAGAAACAAAACUGUAACUGAACCGAGACACUGACCUGAGAUCAGUGAACCUGACCUGCCCUGACCUCUUCUCCAGGGCUCAGCGAGUGUGUGUGUGUGUGUGUGUGUUUGUGUGUGUGUGUGUGUGUGGAGAGUUUCUAGCUCUUUGUGAGGACCAAAUGUCUCCAUGUGGAUAGAAAUAAAUUACAAGCUUUAUCUUGUGGAGAUGUUCAGUUGGUUUCUACAAAAAAAGUGCUUAAUUUAAAAAAAUGACGAGCCAAAAGAUUUCCUUUUGGGUACUGAGGUUAGCAUUAGCAUUAUUUAGCUUUAGCAAUAAACAAAUCAGUGGAACGUCCUCACAAAGAUAGUAAAACCAACAGUGUCUGUGUGUGUUUGUUUAAAGUGGAGAGAGCUUUUGUCUGUAAUGGUAAUGGUGGUGAUGAUGAUGAUGAUGAUGAUGAUGGUGAUGAUGUAACCACACUUUAGUGUGAAAUUGAAGACGAGUUGAAAACCGC